AUGGGAAUCGAAAGGGUGGAGAGUCUUGAAGGUCCGGAACUUGAAGAUUUACCAGUUGAGCAGGUGUUUGCUGAACUGGAGUUGUUGUGGAUCUGUCACCGGAAUGGUCAGGCAGAUGAGAAAUUUAUGGAGAAUCCAUAUUCAAAUCAUUUGGAAGCUGCUAAAAGACUUUUGAGAUAUGUUAAAAGGACCAUUGACUAUGGUAUAUUUUAUCAAGCAAAUCUUCCAAUUAAUCUUAUUGGUUACACUGAUAGUGAUCUUGCUGGAAGUAUUGAUGACAAUAAAAGUGUUGCUGGUUAUGUGUUCAACAUUGGGAGUGGAGUAAUUUCAUGGAUGUUAAAGAAACAGCAGGUGGUAGCACUUUUAACAACUGAAGUAGAGUGA